AUGGCUAAAUCUUUAAGAGUAAUAUGCAGGAUAUCUCCACCUCUUUCAGCUGACUCUCAGAUUAGAUCUCGUUCAAGCACUAUCACCAUAAAAGAUCAAUCUUUUAAUUUCGAUGCUGUUUACCCAGAGUCCUCAAAACAAUCAGAAAUCUACACAAAAGAAGUCGAUUAUUUAGUCAAAGGCGCUACCCAAGGAUUAAAUGGCUGCUUUCUAGCAUUUGGCACUACACAGUAAAACGUAUUCAGGUCUGGAAAGAGUUACACUCUUCGAGGAGGCGAAGGUAAAAAUCGAGGAAUUUUAUCAAGAAGUGCAGAAAAAUUGCUUAACUGAAUAGAAAAAGAAAGAAGCCAUGGGAGAAAUUUUGAAUUAAAAAUGAGUGUUAUUCAAAUUUAUCAAGAUAUCAUAAGUGACUUAAUGAUUUGUGGGAGUAGAGGACUAGAAAUUUCAGGAGAGGAGAGUCCAAAGAUUGAUGGCUUGACGGAGCACAAAAUAAAUAGGAUUAAUGACUUGUUUACACACUUAAGGCAUGCUUUACAGAUGAGGAAAGGCUUAGUAAAAGCUGAUUCAAAACUGAAAACAAGAUCACAUUUUGUUGUAUUUUUAAAAAUUUAUGAAAAUUCGAAUGAAGUCUCUGAAAUUGCAUUUGCUGAUUUAGCAGGAUCUGAAAACGCAUCAAGCGAUCAAAAUGUUAUUAACGCAAACUCAACGUCUUUGGAAGAAAAGAAAAGCAUAGCCAGGACAUUUAAUAUUGUUUCUAAAGUCUUGACAAGGCAUGAAGGGAUCUGAAAAGAGUGCAAACUUACUGGAUGCCUAAAAGCUCAUAUGGAAAGCAAUGUGAUUUUUUGCAUUUGUGUUACUUCAGCUCCAUCAUUAGCUAAACAUACUUCAGCUGCUUUAAAAUUUGCCUUGAGAAUCAAAACGGAAGCGGAGGAUACUAAUAAUCCUUAUAUAUUAGAAGUUAAUCGAAUCAGAGACGAUGUCAAAAAAAUUCAAAAUGGCCAAAAAGAUUGCACACUUGAAUGGAUAAAUGAAAAGCAGGGCAUAAUACACCAAAUUCAUGAUGAAUUGAUGAAGGACACCAAAUUGAUUGCGUCUAGAUAUGUCCAUGAAUGUCAACUACUUACAAAUGAGCUUGAAGAAAUGAAAAUCAAAUUUCUAGCCAAACCACCAAAAGGUGAUAAAAAUAAAAAGAAAAAAAGCAAUAGUAAGGAGCUAGAAAUCAGACAAAAAUCAGAAAAAGAUAUAACUCAAUCUCUUGCAAAUGUAUCUCCAAUAGCAAAAAAGGAGCUUUUCCCUUCUCCACCUAGAAGAGAGUGUUUAACUGAAAGAAGUCGAAACGAAAAUGAAGAUUUUUUGAUAACUGAUUCACAAAACCACCUUAAAAAAAUUGAAGAAAUUAAUUUUCAACUACGAGACAGAGAAGAACAAAUUACCCGAUGCCGCAAAGAUAUAGACUACCUACAAGAAAUUAAUAGGGACCAAGAAAAAAUAAUCACUGAGCAAAAUCAGAGACUGAACGAAGGAUAUGCAAAAGUUGCAGAAAUGUCUGCAAGAAUUCAAGAGUAUGUUCUAAGACUCCAACAAGUUAAAGACGAAAAUUCAAGAAGACUAUUAGAAUCUCAAAUGAAAAACUCAAGAGAAGAAUUACUAGAAACACAAAUAAAUGAAUUAGAAAAACAGAUGAGUCAUGAAAGAGAUGGCCAUAGAAUCCAAAUAAGCCAGCUACAAGCUGCAAUGUAAGAUUUAUGUAGAGAUCAAAAAGAAAGGCAAUUACUUGAUUUAUUGUCUUCAAGAGAAUUCAUUAAUAAAAAUCAACCUACAUAUAGAGAAACUUCUCCGUAUAGACGCGAUAACUCUUUUAAUAAUAUUGAACUUAGAGAAGCCCAAGAAAAACUCCAGCAAAACUCCCGCACAAUCCUUGAAUUCGAAAAAACAAUUCAGCUUCUGCAAAAUGAAAUCAAUGAAGGAAUAGAGUCAAGAAAGAUGAGAAAUUAUGAUGAAGCCAAGCUAAAAAGUGAAAAUUUUGAGCUUGCAAGAAAUAGUCAAGAACUUGAAGACAAAUUAAAUGAAGUCACUAGAAGAAAUGAAAUUCUUGAGAUGAAAAUCAAAGAAUUUCUUAAGACUGGCAACGAAACUGAAGUGAUGCUAAACCAAUCAGCUAAAAAGAAUUCAGAACUCCAAGAAGAUAUUGGGGAAUUAAUUAGGUUUAAAAAAGAAUUCGAAGCUGAUAAAAACAGGCUGAUUGAAGACAAUAGCAAGCUAGCUGAAGAAUUAAAUGAAAUGAUAAAAAAUAACGAAGACUUGCAAGAACAACUGCAAAAUUUGUUUAGGAAUAAUGAAAACUUGCAAGAGCAGGUCAGAAAUUUAUCAAGAAAUAAUGAUAUGCUGCAAUAUGAAAUUGAAGCUUUAAGAGAUCAAAUUGAAAAACAAAAUCAAGAAAGCUAUGCGUUUAAAUGCGAUUUAGAAGACAAAAAAUAUGAAGUGGAUGUAAAAGAAAAAGAAAUUGAAGACAUGAAGAGGUCAUCUAAAUUUGAGCAAGACGAAAUUCUAAAGCUGAGAAUAAAAGCAGAUGAUCUCAACAGUCAAAUAUAGCGCCUGACUUCUUAUUGAUAUCUGAGGAAAAUUACCCGAGAAGAAAAAUUCCUUUUGACAAUUUAUAAUAUUCUGAAAAAGUCAAAUUUAAAACUGGCAAAUAGGAGAUAUAAGAUGAAAUUUUUAAAUUAAAUUUUGACUUUUUAGAUUUAAAUCAAUUUUUUAAUUUAAAAGUAAUUGUCUUAAAGAUCUAUAAAAGGGCACACACUAUAAAAGAGCUUCUAAUUGAAAACAAAAAAUUAACCAAAGAAAAUAGAGACUUGCAUGAAAAUAAAAAGUCUUUAGAAAAUGAGAUUAAUAACCAAAACAAUAAGUAUGAAGAAGCACUACAAAGGAUAUCUAGACAGGAACAAAAAAUAGAAAGACUUCAAACUCAGUCACCAAUUUCUUCAGGGAACGCUUCAUCAUACGAAAUCAAAAAAUUAACCAAAAAAAUAAAAAAAUUAAAAAAAGAAAGACAAGAACUCCAAGACAAGUUAAAUAGAGGUUCAAAAAUGACAGAUGAAAGAAUGAUGGAGUUAAUUAGAGAAAGAGACUCGGCUGUGCAAGAAUUGAAUAUGUGCAGAGAUGAGCAGGUUAAUGAGCUCACUAUUGUGGAAAACCAGAUCGAUGUGAUAGAGCAGGAAUUAAUUAAACUAAAAGAGCAGAAUGCAGUUUUAAUAAAUAUAGCUCAUCUACCUAAGUGGAUUGCCAUAUGCCUGACCUCUCCCAAGAUAUCGGGGUUUGGUAAAACCAACCCUUGAAAUGGUAAGUCUUAAUUAUCUUGUGGAUUUACCAUUUUAAGGGUUAGUUUCACCAACAACCCUACUGUCUCGGGAGACGUCGGCUAUAUGACAAUCCACUUAGGUGAUUAGCUAUAGAGAACAAGAAAUAAUGAAAGAGCUAAAAAAGUCCGAAGAUUUGAAAGAAAAGUAUGUGGGCAAGGUGGAAAAGCUUAAAGAGGAAAGAGAAAGCUAUAAAAAUUAUAUUGCUGAAGCUGAAAACUAUAUUAAAGAGUUAGUUGAAAAGCAGCAGAAAGUUACAAAAAGUUCUAUAUUGACAGAUGAUCGAGGGCAAGCUGUGAGCUCUAGAUUAAGAGCACUAGAAGAUAUUAAAAAUCUUAUUAAAGCGCAUAAGCAUCAAUAA